AUGACCUUAUUGAUUUUACAUCAAAUACUGCCUGUAAACGUGUACAAGGCGUUUUGCUGGGACCUUUUAAUGACUUUCAUUUACCUGUACCUUUUCAUAGCCAUACCAUAUAUUUUAGCAUUUCAUAGAGUAGCCAAAAGUUCUGAUCCAGAAAGUUUGAAUUCGAUAUAUCCUGCGUAUGUUGUUUGCAUAUUCGACAUUGUUUUGAAUUACAUAACUGGAUUUACGUCGUCCGAUGGUCAUGAAAUCUUUCUGGAUCCAAUUCUGAUAAUACGGCAUUACACGAAAGGAUACUUUUUGAUCGAUUUUGUGUCUUCGGUUCCGUACGUAUGGUUUUAUAGAUAUUGUAUAUCGCAACCAGGUCCUGAUUCAAAUUCUAUAUUCUUGAUUCCUGAAUGUUUGCCACUUUUAAAACUCUUACGUAUUUAUACAUUACGUCUUUACACCAAGCAAAUAAUUACAAGUUUUGAAAUUUCUCAUGCUGCGGAGAUAACAGUUUGGAUGGUCCUGUUGAUGUUAUUAAUGCUUCAUUGGUGCAGCUGCCUAUCGCAUAUUUUUCCAAUUGUAAUCGCACAUAUACAUGGAGAUACCAUGGAGAAAUGUAUCUUAAUAGUGAUGAUUUUGCAAUUGGUCGAGUCUGCUGCGGAACCAGAACUGAAGUAUCAACGAAUUAUGCAUCAAGUGAAAGAAUAUAUUCACGACAAGAAACUCCCGCAAUAUCUUAAGGAUAAACUUAUCGCGUAUUACGAGUAUCGUUUUCAAGGCAGUUACUUUAAGGAGAGGGCUAUAUCUUGCACUUUGUCAGUUCUUGCAGUUUGGCAAAAGAACCAUGGAGCACCAUGUAUAAUCCCUUAUAUUUAUACAUAUAUAGAUCAUUUGAAUCAAGAAAUUAUGAUCCAUAGUAGUCGUGGACUGUUAGACACAGUCACGAUCUUGCAUUAUUUACCGCGCAAUGUUAUUGGAAAUUUAAUGGGGAUUUUAAAACCAGUUAUUUAUCUGAACGAAGACGUUAUUUAUAAAAGUGAAACUGAAGGCGAUUGUAUGUUUUUUAUAAUAAGCGGUACUAUCGCUCUCAUUACAUUUCAAGGAAAAGAAAUAUGCCACGAAAAAGAUGGAGGCUAUUUCGGCGAGGGCGCCUUAAUUUUCCCGGAACGAAGGCGCGUAGAAACCGCGAUAGCGCUGGAAACAUGCGAAUUGCUGCGCUUAUAUCGACGUGAUUUCAAACGCAUGUUCUCUACGACGUCAACGUUUUAUAAAAGAUUAGAAAAAGUGGCGAAGGAGAGGCACGAGCAAAUGAUCAAUUUAAACGCUAAUCGGAACAAAAGUCACCCGAUAAACGACAAAUCAAUUGUUGAAACACCGGAUGAAACUGAAUAUAAUCAUGAAAAAGGAGACGCCGAAAUUUUGUCUAAUAAAAGUAAUAUUUAA